AUGGAGGCGUCCAGGACUGUGAGCUCAGGCACGCAGGACUCGUCACUCAUUCCGAUCAUUAACGUUUCGAAUAAUAAUACACAACACCCCUCUUCUUCCACAACCACCAUCACCACUGUUCAUAACCACCAGUCUCAAGACAAUCUCCCUGCUCUCGCCGAUGAGCUCGACUACAUUACUGUGACAAACCAGUCCCCUUCUAGCCCAAACGACCCCAACUCAAAUCGCCACGACAAGGCUUCACGCAUCCUAGGCAUUCGACACAGACGCAGCAUGGAGCCUAUUCCCGCAUCCACCAGAAACUCCAUCGUCUCGACGCGUUCCUUGCGUGACAUUCGCGACCCUCCAGUCAUUUCUCAUGUCCCCAACCUACCUUUGACUUCCCUCUACGUGGUUUCCGGCCUUCCAAAGUCCCCCCACACAUGGACCUUGGCCGACCCUGACUCCGUCAUGGGUUUACACCACAGCGAGGGUGCAGUCAACCGCUGGUGGAGGCCAGAGGUCCUUGGUAGUACUGUCACCCCAGGUGCAGGUGGCGGAAAAAAGAAACGAGGUCGCAAGGGCGAGGAGACUACGAAAGGGGCUGGAGCUCUCAGUAAGCAAGAGGUCGGGAAGAUGCUCUCCAAAGCGCUUAAGCUUUCAUUUACCCGCGAAGUCGAAGUCAUUGCUUCUACCCUCCAGCCGGCGUCCACUAUUCAUACUUUCACAUUCACUUUACCUGCACCCAGCACUCCUUUGGCGCCAACUCCUUCCGGCGAUUUACUUCGAGCUUCGAUUUUAUCUACAGCGGACAACCGUUCCUCCGCCGCCACAUUCGCUUAUCCCUAUUCGGACGAUCCUUUUGCACGUCCAUCCUCAGCUUAUCUCGGACCCCCUAGCAUACUUGCCCGGGGCACUCAUAAUUCCUCUGCGACAGGUCCCGGCGCAAGUGCCACGGACCUUAAUUCCACCUCAUCCUCCAACAACGUAACCUACCAUGGCGUUUGUCUCACAGUUUGGUCGCACGCCGAUGCCGAACGUAGCGUGGCCAUUCGUCGCACCCUCGAGGCUGGGCGCUCUCGCAAGGAGUCGGCCCAGUCGGCGGUCACCUCCCGCCUUCGACACCUUCGAUCAAACCUCUCUGGAUCCGCUAGCGAGGAUCACCCCACUGUCCAAGCCCGCAAACAAGUCAGGAAGGGUGCCCGCGGUCCUUGGGGCGACGCGGAGACCGAUACCGAGACGGAGGGGGAGGGCGCCAUCUCUGAAAGUGACUUUGAAGUUGCCAGCACCAUCGGUCACGGCCCUGGAGAAAGCACCCUUUUCCUUCCCGGCGGUACCGUGUUUUGGUUACCUUAUGCUCUGACCCUUGUAUCCCGACACCCCGUUUACGAUCUCAUGCGCGACUAUUUGACCCUAUCUUGGGCACGGUUCUCCAAGGACGUGCAAUCUCAUACUCUGCAAAUAUCUAAAAUCCUUGCGCACCCCGCUCCUAGGGCGGGUGAACUCGUCAAGCUUGAUGCGAGUCCUAAAAGCGAUGGCGGUGACUCCACUUUGGAAGUCAUCGCCCGUUUCCCCGGCGGACUGGACUUUGGACGAGGGUUGGUCGACAUCAACUUUACAAUGUGGCCUCUAUUUAAAUGUCUCAACAUCGAUAACAUCUUGACUAUUUGUGAGAUUGCCCUGGCUCCGACUGGCAAAGUUUUAUUUUUCUCGAGAUAUCCUGCGAUGUUGGGUAUCGCCGUAAACACCAUCAAGUAUUUAGUGGAACUGCGGGGCUGGAAUGGAGUUGCCCUUCCCGCUGUCCACUCUCGGGACGCAAAGAUUUACAUCGAUGAUCCUGGCCCAUGGAUCAUGGGUCUCGCCACAGAAGCGAGGUACAGCGUCCACCCCUCUCCCGAUGUCUGCGUAUGCGACCUGGACAUCAAUUACCUGAGUUGCCCCUCUCCUCCACCUGGCGUUAUUUCAACGAAGCAGCAGCGUGACAAAUAUCGCCAGCGGUUGAUUGCUGCCUUUGAAUCUCACUACCAUCCUGAUCACUGCAUUCCAAGUGAAUUCAAGGAAGCCUUCCCAGCUGGACGCUUCCGCCCCGUGUGCAAAAUUCAGGCGAAACGGGGCGCCUCUUCUGCUGCUGUUGCGGAUCAGAUCAAACCUCCCGACUGGUGGCACUCCACCCGUAUUAUUCAAGCGUUCGAUUCUGUUUUGGCAGACAAGUUCAAGAAACCUUCCCUGCUUAAGCGAAUCACCUCGUUUGGUAAUCCCAAGAGACCCCCACAACUGAGCGCGGCGGAACAGCACAUCCAACAUUCCAUUCGCAAGCGGGCCACAGCGUUUGUCGACGCACGAGAUGAACUCGAGACCAAGAUCGGACGUCUUUCUCGACGCUUGAAUUUCUUGAUGACGGAAUCUGACUUGUGGCGAGACAAGUUCGCAACCUUUGAGCAAUAUGCAAGCAAGCUGAGCAAUGAAGCGUCUCAAUUGAGGGCCAAGAUCAACAAGGAACAGCGGGAGACCAAGCGUUUGUCCGGACUAGUGUCCUUGACCGCUGCUGAGAAGGCCAAACUCAAUGCUCAAUUGCGGGAAACGGAGGCUCAACACAAGGAAGCUUUGGUCGAACUGGAACGUAUGCGGGCCAACAUGGAAAAGAUGGAAAUGGAACGUGCCCAAAUGAUUGCCGAGGUCGAAUCCCAGAUCGAAAAGGCGUUAGCAUCGAUGGCCGUGGACAUUGAUGAAUCCGACUACGCCAGUUCCCGACCCCAGUCUCGGAUGUCAGCACGUUCCGGAGUACGCUCAAGAUGCGCUAGCGAUGCGGCCAAGUCUCGUCAGCUUCGCUCCUUUGCAACAGAUUCCACCCUUGCCGAGUCGUAUGGGGAAAUAGCCGAACAGGAAGAGACUAUCCGCGUUGACAAACUGCAAGAGACAAUCCCGGAAGAAGAGCAGGAGCCUCCACCGGUCAAGAAGAAACGGUUCUCCGCUUCCGACAUGGAUCUUCCUCAAGAUGGUAUGAGCGCUGUCGAUGAAGGUAUCAGCCUCAAGAGCGAUAAAAUCGCUCAGAAGGUGCUUGAGAUUCAGCAAAAGCUCGAGACCGCCCUCAAGACCGAACAAACAAGUCCCAAGUACAAGUCUUACGGCUCAGCUCAUGAAAGUGAGGAAGAUGACCAAGUUCCUAGCCACCCUCGACCACCACGAAGCAAGCGGGUUCCCUCACGAGCUUCCAAGAAGCGAACUCGCAGCGGGACUACUUCUUCGACUCAGACUAGCACUCCCCUGGUCCACGCUGAUGACACUGCCUAUCCGUCCCCGACUUUCUCGAAGUCGUCUGUUCGGUCGUCAGUCGAAGGUAAUCGGACACCAACUCGAGAGGCCUUCGAUCCGUCCGAGACUAGUCACCAUGACACCGUCCAAGCGGGCUCCAGCUCUUUCCUUGAGAUUGCUCCAGAAACGAUCGUCGAAGUUGAAGAAUCCGGUGCCAAAGGCACAGUCGGCGGAGCCGAUACUAAGGCUAUCACUGAUGAUUCCGACACCGACUUCCAAAGCGCAUACUCGGCCAGUCCAAGAAACAGUUACGGGGAAGCCGACAGCGAUGACCACGACGAGCAUCUGUCCACAGGAGUCAUUCGCAACCGAGCCUCUAGUACGGCCACAGCGAUUCUGUCCACCAAUGGCCAGGAAAAUGUGCAGACCACUUGA